AGGACAAACAUGAAAAAAUGUGUGUAAAUCUUCAUUCUUGAUUAUUUAAGAGUAUGGCUUUCUUUAAGAAACUCCUUCAAUCUAAUUUACGACAAUGCCUUGCGUUUAGUCCAAGGUGCUCGUUUUUACACCAAAACGUGUUUUCUCGACCUUUAUUUUUCUCAAAUUACUUCAGAAUUCAAGCACAAAGUUUCUCCCAAAACACGACGCCAAAAUCUAUUUUCAAUAUCACUGAAAAGUCUGGAAAGAAGAGUUUCUCGAGGAAUGAUCCUGUAGUAACAAUUGCUAAGCAGAUCGAAGAAAGUGUCAGAGGAAUAAGAUCAAAAUCGGAAGCGCUUGAAAACUACGCCAAGUACAAAAGUACAGGGGUGCUCUCUGAUGGCGACUUUGUACGUGUUCUCGUACGUUUGGCAAAGUCGAACGACCAUACUAAAUACAAGAGAGAUAAAAAUAAUGCUGUUCAACUAUACGAGGGUCUUUUAAACGACAUCAAGAACAAAAGCUCUCAGCUUAAGGAAUUUGAACUAGCAGAUAUUAUAUGGUCUUUGGGAAAGCUAGACAUAACGGAUCCAGAAUGGUUUGCCUAUUUUGGAAGUAUUAUUGAGUCUAAGCAAGACUUCAAAGCUUUUUCCAAUGCAGACUUAGCGAUGAUUCUAUGGGGACAUGGCAAAACAAACAUAGCUGCUCCCAUUCUUUUUAGUCACAUUCAAAAGGAGAUUCUGAGGAGAGAUGCAAAGGAGUUCACUACAAGAGAACUCUGUCAAAUCGUUUGGUCUUUUGCAAGAGUGAUGAGGGCAAGUGCUAAGCUUUUUGCUGCUGUACGUAAAGAUAUCCAAGAACGAGACAUCACUGAGUUCAAUAACCAGGACUUGAUCAUGCUAAUGUGGGCAUAUUCUGAAGAAGGAGUUAAUGUUAAACCUUUAUUUCGAUUCUUUAAAUCUGAGCUUCUCAACAGUAAAAGAUUGUCUGAAUAUGGAACAAAAGAUCUUUCAGUAAUUUUAUGGUCAUUUUCCAAUCAACGAAUCAAAGCGCAAGAUCUAUUUGCUGCAGUAGAAAGAGAGAUACUAACUCGGCCAAAACUGUAUUUCGAUGACCAAAGUUUGGUUAUCAUAGCAUGGUCAUAUGCUAAUACUGAUAACAAAAGUCCUAGACUCUUUCAGCUCAUUGAGAAACAAUUAAUGUCAAUAGAUCUGGGGGGUUGGUCAUUACAUAGACUUGCAAGGAUUCUGUGGUCUUUUACAAAAACAGGCUUUUUGAAUAAGAAAUUCCUUCAAAAGAUCUCAAAUGCAAUGUUAUUUCAAGACUUUGCAGACUUGUCUCAGAAUAGUUUAGAUGAAGUGGUUUACACUUUGCAGGUCUGUGAGCAUGCACUUUCUCCCAAACUUGUGUCAGCAGUUGAAGCUGAGUUAAUGAAAAGAGCCAAAGAAAUCUAAAUUCAAAAAGAACUAGGUAGAAUGGUCAAGACAAUGUAAAAAGAGGGACUCAAUUUAAUUGAUUUUAUUAUUUUAUUGACUAUAUUUCUACACACAAAUACAUUGUUUAGCAUACAUGCAAA